UCUUCUCUCGUCUCUCGUCUCUCGCCUCUUGUCACCUCUGCUAUUAUCUUACCUUUUUAUUUGCAUUCGCAUAAUUUAGCACACUUCUAAAGGGAGGGAAGGAGAACAUGGGGCUGUUUUCGUUUUUAAAGAAGAAGGACGAGGACUUUGAAAAGAUCCUAGGGGGAUUGGAGCAGGACCUGAAGCGCACGGAGAAGCAGCGGCAGCAGUCGCUGGACCGUACGUCUGGGUGGUCGCAGUUCUGGCUCACAUACACAUCCAUAGCGUGGAUCGGGUACCUUUUGGGAUUCAUUCUGUACGUGUUCCCGGAGCGCCACGACUCGCAGGCACUGAAUUUCCCGCAGCACUGCCUGGCAGUGCUACUAGGCCCAUUUAUAAUCUACUACGGCAACUAUGCGAUCCGGAUGGUAGGAAGGCGGGCUGUAUCGGGGUAUGAAAGGCAGAUAAAGAAACUGCGCCAGGAAAUCAAUGAGCGGGUCGACGAGCUGAAAAAGAAAACCGCAUACGACUCCACAAAGACAUUGGUUGACCGGUACAGCUCCGCCGCCAGAGGGCAGCCAGAGGCCAGGCGGCGCACAGAGCCGGCAGCGCCCGCUGGCUCGCCGCAGGCAUCACCGCUGGCUGGCCGUGGGAAAUCGCAGCCAGCCAACGGCCUGAUGGCCAUGCGCAAUGCCCAGGCAGCCAGUAUGGGCGGCAAUGCCAUGGCGACGGUACCGCAGCCUGUGUUCCAGCCCGUAGCAUCCGGCGUAGUGCGCACCCAGGCUGCCCAGCCACCACGAACCGGGUCAGAGCCGCGGCCGUGGCUCGACAAGCUGGUUGAAGGGCUUGUGGGCGAUAUGGGUCCGCAGGACAAGUAUGCGCUCAUUUGCCGGCACUGCUUUGCCCACAACGGCCUGGUGCUGCCGGAUGAAGUCGAUGUGAUUCAGUAUUCGUGUCCCAAAUGCGGAAAGUUCAAUCCGAGCCGCCGAGCCCUGGAUGAGCAGCGCAGGAGAUCCGAUGUGGUUGACGAGUUCUACUCGGACAAGGACGGCGAGCCAAUGGAGGAGGAAGCGGUCGACUAUGAGUAUAUGGAGGACGACGAGGCCAGCCCCGUCAGGAAGAGCAGGCGCGAGAAGAAGCCAAGGCAGGAAGCAAGGCCUGCUGGCUCCCAGUCCGACAAUGACAAGGCAGCGGAGGCUGACGAUGAGCAUCCCAGUGCCCAGCAAGAGCCCCAGAAUGAUCUGCCGCCGGAGACGCCGACCAAGCCCGAAAAGCAGACCAUGUCGCCUGUCAAGCGCAAAGGAAAGCGUAUGUGAGAAAAGCUAAUAGUGCUCGACUGG